AUGACUGGAUCAGAAGAGUAUCAGAAAUUUAGCUUGCAGCCUAAUUUCAAGCCAAUUGAUAGUUUGUUCGAGAACAGAUUGAGACAAUUCGUAGAUGCGGGUGGUCAAUAUCAUGACUUGAAUCUACCGAAAUUCUACGAUAUCGAUAGAGUAGAUACGAACACGGAGUACAUAAAUAUAAAGGUUUAUAAGGUUCCCGACUCGAAAGAUGGUAAAACUCAGAGGCCAUUGUUCAAAGAAAUUGACUGGAGCAAAAUAACUUGGGAAGACGCCAAUAAAGGUUACAGCUUCGGCCCUUCUUGGAAGACGUUUUGGUUCAAAAUUGAAUGGGAAAUUCCAAAAAAAUGGCUCAAAGACUCGACUGAAGAAAUUGAUUUUGAAUGGGAUUGCAACAACGAAGGUCUUAUAUAUGAUAAAGAUGGAAUGCCUUUACAAGCUUUCUCCGGUGGCGGUGAGAGAACUCUCUUUAAAUUACCAAAAAAGUAUUGGAUAUCAACGAAGCAACUUUUCUAUUUAGAAAUUGCCUGUAAUGGGAUGUUUGGAAAUGGCGAUAAUGGGACCCCGGAUCCAAAUCGUUAUUUUCAGUUGAGUAAGUGUGAUUUGGUUUUACCAAAUGUUACUGCUAGAAAGUUGUUUUGGGAUUUCUGGAUUUUGGGGGAUGCUGCGAGGGAGCUCUCGGGCUCACUGUGGCAGAAGUAUCAGGCAAAUGAAGUCUGUAACCAGAUAAUGAAUGUCUUUGAUCCCAAUGAUGUCUCAAGUGUUCAAAAAGGUAGAGACUUGGCCCAAAAGCUUUUAGGAAAAAAUAUUGACUCUGAUAACGUGUAUGAUGUAAAUAAGCUUAACAGGAUUGAUGUCUAUGGUGUGGGUAAUUGUCACAUAGAUACCGCUUGGUUAUGGCCAUUUGCAGAAACUAAGAGGAAGAUUGUAAGAUCUUGGACGAGUCAGUUGAAAAUUGCAGAUGAUUAUCCAGAAUACAUAUUUGUAGCUUCUCAAAUGCAGCAAUUCAAAUGGUUAAAAGAAUAUCAUCCGGAAAUUCUCGCUAAAGUUAAACAGAAAUUUACAACUAAUCAGUUUUUACCGAUUGGAGGUUCUUGGGUUGAAAAUGAUACGAAUUUGCCAAAUGGAGAAUCUUUAAUAAGGCAAUUCUUGUUAGGCCAAAGAUUUCAGUAUAACGAAUUCGGAUUAUACUCUACAGUAUUUUGGUUACCUGAUACUUUUGGUUAUUCUUCACAAGUCCCACAAAUAUGUCAAAUAGUUGGAAUUGACAAAUUUUUGACUCAAAAGCUUUCAUGGAACAAUAUCAACACUUUUCCGUUGAGCACUUUUAACUGGGUCGGUAUAGACGGAAGUCAAGUGCUAGUUCAUAUGCCUCCAGCAAAUACUUACACUGCAAAUGCUCAUUUCGGUGAAGUCGUUAGGUCUCAAAGUCAACACAAGAAUUUGAGAGAUGUUCCGACAGGCUUGUUACUCUUUGGUCGUGGUGAUGGUGGAGGAGGUCCAACUGAAGAAAUGCUUGAGAAAUUGAGAAGAUGUAGAGGAUUCGCUAAUGAGACUGCUGCUAUUCCUACCGUGCAUCUAGGGCAUACUGUUGAAGAGUUUUAUGAUGAUGUGUUGGACCGCUCUCAAGGUGGUAGUUCUUUGCCUAGCUGGUGCGGCGAGAUUUACUUAGAGUUCCACAGAGGGACAUAUACCACUCAAGCAGAUGUUAAAAAGUUCAUGAGAUUUGGUGAGAUCAAGUUGCACGAUUUGGAAUACAUUGCUACUCUAGUUUCUUUAACGGAUAAGGAGUAUUCUUAUCCGGCUGAGGAAUUGCAAAAGUUAUGGGAAGAUUUAUGCUUAUGCCAAUUUCAUGACGUUUUACCAGGAAGUUGUAUUGGUAUGGUUUAUUACGAAGAAGUAAAACCCAUGUUGACGUCUUUGCUAAAAAAAGUUGAUGAUCUUAUCGAAAAGGCAUUAAAUAUUCUCAAGGAUGAAAAGCCAUCUUUAUCAAAUUACACUUUUAUGAAUUCUCUCCCGUGGGGAAGAAAUGAAGUUCUUAAAGUGAACAGGAGUACAAAUUCUGAGUUAUUCAAUCUAUUGGCCGAAGAAAGCGGAAAAGGGUUGUGCUCUAAAAUCAAUGAUGAUUCUCUAUUUACUAUGGUUAAAUCAGAAAAUGGUCGGUCCAAGUUUGUUUCAACUCAAGACAUUGCAUAUCCCGCAUCUGUCAAAAAGAUGAAGGAUAGCUAUGUCUUAACAAAUGAUUUACUUAAAGCCACUAUUUCUGAUAAUGGUGUUAUAACCUCCUUACUUGACUUAGUAAACAAGCGAGAAAUUAUUGACAAUAGAAGGACUAAACAAACUGAUGCAGAAGUUGUUGGCGCUAAUCAAUUAGUUGUUUUUGACGAUGAGCCGUUGACUUUCCCGGCUUGGGAUACGGAACUUUAUUCGUUAAAUAAGUUCAAAUUUUUGAAUAACGGUAAAGUUGAAGUUCUUAAGAAUGACCCAGCCCAAAGUUCAUUGGUUGUUAAGCAUGAAAUAUCCGCAAACUCAUAUAUUGAGACGGAAAUUUCCAUUGAAGGUUUGACUUCUGAUGCGGAUGUUACUCAGAAUAAUUACAUUAAAUUUAAGUCCCACGUUGAGUGGCAUGAAACCUACAAGUUCUUGAAAGUCCAAUUUCCGACUACUAUUCAUACUGCAUCGCAAGCAAGCUAUGAGACGCAAUUUGGAAUUACUCAAAGACCGACUCACUAUAAUACUACUUGGGAUGUUGCGAAAUUUGAAGUCUGUCAUCACAAGUUUAUGGAUUUGAGUGCAUAUAACUAUGGUGUAUCCAUCUUGAACAACUCAAAAUACGGUGGCUCUAUUCAUGGAAAUUUGAUAAGGUUAUCAUUAUUACGUAGUCCCAAAUCUCCUGAUGAUCGUGCAGAUAUGGGCUCUCAUGACUUUGAAUACGCAUUGUACCCUCACAAUGGUAGCUUAGGGAGCGACACUGUAAGGCUCGGAUACAAUUUCAACUACAAGUUAGAUAAUGCUGUCAGCUCUAGUAAAUUAUCUACUUUGGCCGGUGCAAUUAAAUUGGUGGGAGAUCGUAAUCUUAUCAUCUCUCACUUGAAGAGGUCCGAAGAUGAUGAAGACAUAAAUCUUUAUGACCAAAUUCCUUCGAAAAAUAAGGGUUCAAAGUCGUUUAUCUUGAGAAUAUAUGAAUCCUUAGGUGGAUCUACUUCGGGUACUUUGAAGUUUGAUACUUCAGUUUUGCCCAUUAAGAAGGUUUUCAAAACCAAUGCUUUGGAAUUUGAAGAAGAAGAAUUGGAAAUCAAAAAAGGCAGCGAAGUUGAUAUUUCAUUGCGCGGUUUCGAGAUUUCUACUUAUAAGGUCGUUUUAUAG